AUGAUGGGCGGUAAAUCGAGCACGAUAGCCGCCGGUGUUUGCGGGGCUCUGUUCGUCGGCUACUGCAUCUACUUCGACAGGAAAAGACGGAGUGACCCCAACUUCAAGAACAGGCUACGAGAACGUGAGUGUUGUCCGAGUCCUGGCUGUACACCCUGCUCCGUCUCUGUUUUGGAGACCUGAGGUGCAACAAAGUGCCCGAGACAGGCCGAACUCGUUUAACUAUUCCCAAUUGGCGAAAUAUGAAAGCUUGAAUGGUAAUGGUUUGUGCAAUAGAUCUAAUUAAUUCAUUGUCAGUGCACUGCUAACCCAUAAAGCCUUGAAGCUAACUAGCCAGUGCUAGCUCCUAGCGGAGGACCGCUCAACUCUGUUCGAUUAUAUCGAGGAGUUGAGCGUUUCUCAGCUAACUCGCUCCUAUAUCAUGUAUUAAUGUACUGCAUACUCACAGCAAGCGUUCUGUCAGUUGAAUUCAGACAUGGAAAGCUGCACCUACCCUGAUUCAUUCAUGAUAGUGUGUUUUGAUCUGUUAUGUAACCAAAACCAACCAUUCUAGGCUACUAGCCAUAUCAGACAUAGAGCUUGCCAAGCAGGAUUAAAAGCAACCUGGAUAUCCCUGCUGUUCAUAAUCAUAGUAGGAUUGCCUAAUGAGAAACUAAGUUGUCUAAGUACAAACAGGAGCAGUCCCCAAAGCUAUUUAUGUUAACAGUGAUUGUGUUUACCUCUGCCCUAGGGAGGAGAAAUCAGGCAGUUGCAAAACAGGGGACAGGACUGUCAAAGGUGAGUAAAAUCCCCUCAAGGUACUAUUGAAAUUCUUCCUCAAUGAACACAUGUCUAAAGAAGUCAUGUCUAGUACACGUCAGAUGGAACCAUGUGGAAAAUAAUCUUCAAUGACCUCCAGUGUAAUAAACAAAUGAGACUGAUCACUUCACUCGCACAAGAAAGGUUCUGUGAUGAACAAGCCAUAGUUUCCCAAUGGAGGAAGUGCAAACUCAGCAAGAACUGCGGUGCGCACCACAGCGCUUUGGGUUCAGCACCGUUGCGCUAAAAGUUCACUUAAAUUGAACUCUGACCUUGCACCUGACGAAGUGGCACGCUUCGGCGGAUUGCCCGAAUCAUGUGAAUAGGCCUUUUAUUCCUCCAGGAGCAUAAGCCAUCUACAACAGCUUUUCCACCAGUCUAUUAUGUUUUACUUAUUUCUUUACCUAUGGAAAGUAAAGUGUGUGUUGUGGGACUCUUGCAGCUCCCAGACCUGAAGGAUGCUGAGGCGGUCCAGAAGUUCUUCCUGGAGGAGAUUCAGCUGGGAGAGGAGCUGUUGGCUCAGGGUAAACCAGUCUUGCUUACAUUGACAUCACUUAGGCUGUGUGUGACACUCUAUGCCCUAUAUAGGCCUGCUAGUGCACUACUUUUUACCUAGCGAUGACCCCCUAUUCCCCAUAUAGUGCACUACUUUUUACCAAACGAUGACACCAAAUUCCCUGUGUAAUGCACUACCUGUACUAGUCUUACUUUUACUGGCAUAGACUGUUUCAAAUUACACCCUAUUUCCCAUAUAGUGCACUACUUUGGACCAAAGCAUUGACAUCCUCCCCCACUACUUUCGACCAGUGCAACAACACCUUGUGCCCCAGAUAAUGCACUACCUAAUUUACUUUUGACCAGAGUAACGACGCUGUUCUCCAUAUAAUGUACUACUCGUUUUGUCGAUCUAAACCUCUUUGCGCUUGGUGUUCCGGUAUAGGAGACUACGAGAAUGGCGUGGAGCACCUGACCAACGCCAUCGCUGUGUGCGGCCAGCCCCAGCAGCUGCUCCAGGUGCUGCAGCAGACCCUCCCGCCACCA